UUCCCAAUUUGAUGGGCAAACUUUCAGCAGAAACUCCACUCAAAGAACAAAAACAGAUAAUAACAACUGGGUGGAGCAAAAUUCAGCUUAACUCUGCUCAACUCUAAAGAUUCUUUUAAAUUCUUGUAAAGAUGAAGACCCAAAAGGAUUUGAAUGAAAAUGGUGUAUACUCUGAAGCCAAAGAACCAGACAGAACCCAGCAGAGUAACGGCGUUCCUACGCGUCUGGAAAGCCGGCGCUGGCUGAUUUUGUUCCUGUUCACCUUCUACUCUCUUAGCAACGCUUACCAGUGGAUCCAGUACGGAAUCAUCAACAACAUCUUCAUGAAGUUUUAUGGAGUCGAUGGCUUCUCUGUAGACUGGCUGUCCAUGGUGUACAUGCUCGUCUACAUCCCCUUCAUAUUCCCGGUCACCUGGCUGCUGGAUGUGAAGGGACUGCGCGUCACGGCGCUGGUGGCAAAUGCGCUCAAUUGCGCAGGGACGUGGAUUAAAGUGGCCAGUGCCAGAAGUGACAUGUUUUGGGUGACCAUGCUUGGACAGCUGUUUUCUUCAGUCGCCCAAGUCUUCAUUCUGGGGUUACCUGCCAGGAUUGCCGGCGUCUGGUUUGGCGCAGAUGAAGUUUCCACCGCCUGCUCCAUUGGAGUUUUUGGCAAUCAGAUGGGUAUUGCCAUUGGGUUCCUGCUCCCCCCCAUCCUUGUCCCAAAUGUGAACGAUAUGAACGAGCUAACGCAUAACAUUAGGGUUAUGUUCUACAUCAGUGCAGGUGUGGCCACCUUCAUCUUUAUCCUUGUUGCUAUUGUGUUUGAAGAGAGACCAGAGAACCCUCCAUCCCUUUCCCAGGCUCAGGCCAGGUCCAUCUGUGCAGACAAAUACUCUUACACAGCAUCCAUCUGCAGGUUGUUGGUCAACAAGCCCUUUAUGCUACUUGUGAUCAGCUAUGGGCUGAAUGUGGGCUGCUUCUAUGCUGUUUCCACUCUGUUAAACCGGAUGAUCAUUGAACAUUAUCCUGGUGAGGAGGUGAAUGCUGGGAGAAUCGGUCUCACCAUUGUCACUGCUGGCAUGGGUGGGUCCCUCAUCUGUGGCAUUUGGUUGGACAAGACCAAAACCUACAAACUAACCACCCUGGUUGUGUACAUCCUUUCUCUGGUUGGAAUGCUAGUCUACGCCUUUACCCUCAAUCUGGGUCACCUUUGGGUGGUGUUUGUCACUGCUGGAGUCUUGGGCUUCUUCAUGACAGGAUAUCUGCCUCUUGGUUUUGAGUUUGCUGUUGAGCUCACUUAUCCAGAAUCUGAAGGAACAUCAUCUGGACUGCUGAAUUGCUCAGCUCAGAUCUUCGGAAUCAUUUUUACCAUCGGUCAAGGGAAGAUCAUGGAUAGAUGGGGAACUUUUGCUGGAAACAUCUUCCUAUGCAUCUUUCUUCUAAUAGGAACAGUCAUGACAGGAUUUAUUAAGUCAGAGCUCCGUCGGCAGAAGGCCAACGAGCAGGUGGAGAGCAAAAUGACUGCAGAUGACGUUGUUGCUCCAUAUAACAUCCCAGAGUACGAAAACGCUGUAAAAUAAUGUGGUACUGAAAACAAUGUUUACUUAAUAAUCUAAUAUUAUUGAAAUGUGUAUAAAUGUUCAAAAGAAUGCUGACAUGGAGACUGUUACCACCCUGAACUGCAUGCGAGCAGUCUACAUAUACAUUUGACAUGUGGUUGGAACACCAAGCUGCUAAAGUUCCUUACAAUUAUCCAAAGUGUGACUUUUACAAUGAACCUAGUUUUCUUUGAAUAUUAAGGGUUUUUAGAAUAUCUACGGUCAAUGAAGACAACUGUGAUGUUUUUCCUUUUAUGGUAGUGAGGCCAUCUUACCAUUGAAGAUCAUCUGGAAGAAAAUCUUCUGAAUCCUGUUUAUACAUAUGAUUGAUGCUGUGCAUCUUUCUUUAUAAAUCAUUAGUGAGGAAUUUGCCAAAUUUAUGGGUGAAUUCGACACGUCUACACAGGGGUUGAAUUUCUAAAAAUAUAAAGUAACGUUCAAAGAAUUCCUAAUAUUUUCACACAACCUAUUUUGUAUUUUAAGGUGGAAGAAUAAAAUGCUUUUGGUGUGUAAAAUAUGCUUUUGUGAUCAGCAUUUUACUAUGUGACUGACGUACUGUAGUACAGCUGUGUAAUUGCAACAAUUUAAUUUUGUGUGUGAGCUCUUAGUACUUUUAUUGUGAUGGGAACUGAAAUACUUCCAUUUUCUGUGUUGUAAAUGUUUAGGGUGUUGGUAAAGGAAACGUUUAGACUGCA